AUGCCAUUGAAUGAACUCUUAAUGGUGCAUUUUUCCAGAAUAGGAAAUCAUUUUCUAACCUAUGCCUUUUUAUUUCACAAUAAUAAUACAGGGGGAAAAAAUACAAAGCCUAUCUCAGAACAACAGCACCAUCUAGGGGCCUCUCACCUAAUGGCAAGUUCAUCCAGUUACACACCACAGAGAGCCUGCAGACUAGAGCUAGACCUGCAGAGGUUAAAUGAUUUGCCUAAGGCCAUACAGGUAAUGACAGAACCUAAAGUAAAACCUAGCUCCACUGUUUACCAAUUCAGUACUUUAUCCAUUUGUUGUGCUGAAGUGAUACAUUUCUCUUUAGCAGUUAAACAAGUAUAA